AUGGACCCAAGAUUGGAAGAAGCGUGUCAUACUGGAAACCUGGGCAUGCUCCACAGCCUCCUCAGAGAAGACAAGCUCCUCCUUCACAGCCUCAGCAGCAUCACUGCAUCUAGUGAUCACAACCCACUCCAUAUUGCAGCUUCACUUGGAUAUACUGACUUAGCAAAUGAGCUCAUAAUUAGGAACCCUCAUCUUGCUUCAGAACUCAACCCCAGAGGCUUCUCAGCACUGCACUUGGCUUCAGCUAAUGGCCACCUCGAAACAGUUAAACUUUUGAUCUCAAAGGUUGGCUCUCAUCUUUGUUUUCUGAAAGACAAGGAUGGAAGGUUACCAAUCCACACCGUAGCCAUGAAAGGCAGGAUUGACAUCUUGGAAGAACUCAUCAAUGUAUGCCCAGAGUCAACAAGAGUAUUCACAUAUCAAAAUGAAAGCAUCCUCCACAUCGCCAUUCAGUCCAACUCCUUUGAGACACUUGAGUUCUUAGUGAAGAAGCUGGAAAGUUGA